AUGUAUGAUGACACAGAAUCGCCAAGCAAGGAAGAGGGUCUCCCAGAUGGGACUUGCCGUCCCCUCCCUGCUAAGCCCACAGAGGAAACUGGAACCCUGGAAGAUGAAUAUGAAAGCUUCAAUGAAGAGAGCAGCUAUGCCUAUAUCUCACGUCCCUACGAAACGGAGGAGCCAAACGCACUGAGCCUUGAGAUCAAUACAGCUCAGUCCACCUUCACCCCCCUUCAACGGAAAGGCUCUUGGAGGAGGCACCUCAUUAUUGUGCUCUUGGCUCUCGUGGGUGUCUGUCUCCUGAUUGGCAUCAUUCUUCUCACACAGCAUGCCGCCAUAUUUUCAGAGCUAAAGAAGCUGAAUUUCAGCUCCACGCAGGAAAGUUGCGAAGUUUCAACUGCCUUUGUAAUGAUCAAAGAAUUAAAGAUCGCUGUUGAUGCUGAACUUAAAGCUUUAGAAAAGCAUAUUAAGAAGGGAGAAGCAAGUGAUAGAAAAGUGGCGGAACAAAUAUACAGAAUAGAAGAAAAAAUGGAUGUGUUGCAAAAUGCAAGGGAUACCUGCACCAGGCCUGACCCUCUACAAUGGCAUAAAUUUCAAGAAAAAUGCUACUACUUCUCGGAAACUCGUGAGCAGUGGGAAAACGCCAGAAAUUUCUGUGCUACUGCUAACUCCCAUCUCGUCAUUAUUAACAGCAAACAGGAGCAGGAUUUUGUGGUUAAGAAUAUAGAGCACUCCAUCUGGCUUGGCCUAAGUGAUGCAGAGACAGAGUCACACUGGCGUUGGGUUGAUGGAUCACAACUGGCAGAAACGUUCUGGAGACAAGGCGAGCCCAAUGACGGUGGUCGUGAUCGUAGUGAAGACUGUGCUGUCCUAUAUAAGGAGGGAAAGUGGAAUGAUAUUUCCUGUGGUAUAGAAGUCCUUUUUGCCUGUGAGAAGAGAGCAGGGUGUGUGCUUUCUUAAGAAAGGAAGUAGUGAAUCUCCUUACAUGUCAUAGUAUACAUGAUCCCUGAUGUAUGCUCCAAGUGGUUCCCUUCUCCAAGGGUGGCACAUUUGUGGGUGUUCUAACUAGACAUGGGUAGGGAAUCAGGUGCCCUCCAGAGGUUUUGAACUACAACUUCCAUAAUCCCUGACCAUUGGCUAUGCUGAAUUAGGUUUAUGGCAGUUUAGUCCAAGGGUUGGAUCCAAAUUUAAACUACAUCAACUAUUCCCACCUUCCCAUGACAGCUGUCUCCCACAAAAAGACACAGUGAUUCAGGAGAUACUGCUGAAAGGGGUGAACUGUG